UUGGCUAGAUACAUAUUUUAAAAUACAGUGCGCGAGUUUUCGCCUUUGAGUGUUGUGGUUGUCAUUUGACUUUUUUACCUUUUAAGAUAAAUGUUAUAUGUAAUAUUUUAGAAACUCGUUAGAACUGUAGUAUAAGACGAGGAUAAGAGGAUAAAUUGUCGGUUUAACGUGAUAUGAAAAUGAAGUGCUUAAAGGUUGACGAAUACAUCAAACGGACAGCGUGUCCAAAAGAGACAAGAGUUCUACAUGAAGAAUUAGAGACUUACAUGAGAAAUGGACCAGGGCCACAAGGUCGAACAUUGUAUGACCGAGUUGUCAGGGCCUGUAAUCACCAACUUGGAGUUGGGCCCCUGGACAGUGACCAUAUUGCUGGACUCAUAAAGCUGGUGGAGCUUGCACUCAGAGGGUAUGACAUCUCAGGGGAGCUCGGUGUGCAAAGCACCCCUUUGUAUAUGGAGAAAAUCACCUUUCACGUACUCAAGAAACUGGCCUCCUUGGGAGUGUACCAUCCAUGUAGCUACUUGGGAAGCCUACUCUACCAGAGGUUGGCUCCAGCUCCACAGACAGAAGACUACUGUGUGCUUGUACGCAGCUGCUUUGCUGUACUGUGGAAUGGACUUUCUGCAGCACAAGACGGUGCCUGCCUUAAACCCAGGGACAAAUUCUGCUGCCAGUUGCAAGCCCUGAGCUUCCUGCUGCUGCUGGACAGGGAGAGAACCUCACCCCCCUCCUGCUCCAAAACCCCCAUAUAUGUGGAAGAUGCCCUGACUGAGUUUGAGAAGGGCUGUGGGACCCUGACUAAGGAGGAUGCCUCCUUGAUCUUGGAGGAGACCCAUCGUCAUCUCCUGUCCCCCUGGGCUGGGGGACGGGGCAGGGAUGGGCAGCCUUCGGGGCGGCCCUGCCUCUCUACACUCUGUGAGGUGGUGCUGAUCACCUCAAAGCUUCUGUCUAAGGCAGGUUUCUGGAGCCUAGCUGCAGGGCUGGUGGGUGGAGCCCUGGGAAAGGUCAGGAACUCAACAGACUGCCUCAGCCCAGCUCUGGUGCUUGGCAGGCUGGCAGUAGACAUCCACCGUUCCAUGAGCUCCGGAGAGGAGAGUGGACAGGCUUUUACAGAGUGUGCCCGGACCCUCCGAUCUCUCCCUAACACCCUUGGGGACCGGGAGGCCCAUGUGAUCCUGGAGGGGUGCAGUCUGGUGGUAUGGGCAGUGGAGGCAGGGCAGAGCAAGGGGCUAAGUGGCGCUGUGCUCCUGGCCUGGUUCUCAUUUCUGGAAGAGCAUCAGGAACUCAUGCAGAAGAGAUUACAGAAGGACUUGGGAUCACAGUCUGAGGAGACCCGACUUCAGCAGUCCCUAUGCUUCAGCAUGUACCAAGGCUUUGUGUUUUCUUAUGAGAGCAUGCUGGCCUCACAGCUGGAAGAUACUGAGACCCUGGACAGAGUACUGCUGUACUGCCAGGCAACAGCUGGCCGGAUGAUGACUGAGCUACGCAAGCUGCCCAGUGACAACAUCCUCAUCAAAGCAGUGACCGCGGUCAGUAACCUGGUGUGUGGUCUUUAUAACCGUCGGCUAUACGACCAAGCCUUCACCCUGGUGGAGAUCCUGUGCCAAGAGCUAUGCAAGAACUGCCCCCCCUCGCUGUCUGUGGACAGGUUGAGCCGGGCCUUCAUGCUGGCGGUGCAGAGCUCGAGGCGUGGUAGUCAUCUGGAGCGGGCGCUGGACUGGGUCAUCCUGUGGCUGCAGACCCUGGGGCCGGGGGAGCGGCUCACUCAGCACAUGACGGAACCUGUGUCCCUGUGGGUCAGGACCAAGGCUGACGCCGCCCGGGCUGGUCAGGAGGACACACGCCUCAGGACCCUACGUGAUGGCUUUGGGCCUGACGUCCCUGACGAGGGGGUGAUGCUGUGCCUGUUGGAGGAGGAGCUGCGUGCCUACAAGGAGGUGGCAGGGGACAGCACUCAGGAGCGCUACAACACCCUGUGUGACUUGCUGGACAUCUGCCACGAGGACAGCCACCACUCACACCUGCGUGCCGUCUACCUGUGUGAGAUGGCCCAAGUGGUGUGCUUUCAGGAUUUCAGUGAACAGACAGACUGCUCUGCCGUUGAUUUUACCCACGAGGCCCUGAGACUGCUGGAGGAGGAGCCAGAGAUGGAGGAGAAUGCUGAUAGGCUGAAGGACGACAAGGCCCACGCCUCUCUGUGGCUGUAUGUCUGCACCCUGGAGAAGAACCUGCAGGAGGCCAUAGAUAAGGAGAAGAGGCUGCAGAAUGUGCGGCAGCAGGCAGGGGGCGACACCAACCCUGUGGAGACCAAUGACCUAGAUUACGAGGACAAGCAGAAGCAGCAGGACAGCAACCUGGUGUACGAGGGCCUGCGCUUCAAUCUUGCUGCUGAGAGCAAGUUGAGCCAACCUCUUGACAAGGCUCUUGGGGAGUGGGCCUCUCUACUGCAGAGGAACGAGCUGCCCUCUGUAAAGAACCCUAAACUGACCUGCACCUCCAUCGCCCUCACUGCUGCCCUCUACAAACUCAUGGGCAAGCCUCUGCAGGCCCUGGAGGCCUACCAGUUGGCUUCUGGCCUUUCCUGUCUCCUUGGUGAUGCUCAAGGCCAUGCCUCCUCCCUGUGCCACUCUGCCAGGCUGCUGCUGGAGCUGGGUGCCCCUGAAAUGGCCCAGGCCCAGCUGGAGGAAGCAGAGAAUUGUCUGACCCCCGAUCCCAACACUGGGGGCCCCUCCCUUCUCUUUGUGCUGGCCAAACUGCUGAGGGCUCAGCUCUGCUACAGCAAAGGACAGGUGGCACAGGGUGUGCCUUACCUAUGUGAGGUUCUGAAAGAGGUGGGAGAGCAAAGGCACUCUAAGAGCUGGUACCUGCUGCGUGCACGGGCACUACAGACCAGUAGUACAUACCUGAGUCUGGACACAGCCGCACUGCCACCGGCACUGCGCCAACGCAUCACCCAACAUGGGCUGAAGACCCCAGACACUGCCCUGUAUGAGAGCCUGAAGCUUCUGUGUAGUCUGCUGGUGACUCUGGUGGGAAACGGCCUGUAUGGAGCCUGCAGCAGCACUGACACACGCUUCAUAGACCAAGGUGAUAAUCUGGUGUUGAAGUGGCAGCUACUGUCUGAGCUGCUGGGCUGUUCUGUGAGAAUGGUGUCGGCGAGGAGCAGCAGUGGAGCCGUCCAUGAGGCCAAGCUCCAGUGUCUAGAGGCCCUCAAACUGGCCACCAAGCUGCAAACUCUCAGCCAGUGUGCCGAGCUGCUGGUGAUAAAGGCUGAGCUGGAGCUGAUGAAGGGGGAGAGGGAGGAGUGUGGCUUUGACUUGGACAAAGUCAGGAACCUACUGGAACUCUGCACCGACUUUACUAAUGGGGCGCAGAAGGCGGAGGUGAGGAUCCAACCGAGGAAAGGCCGUAAGGCUCCGAAGCCAGAGUCUCCCCUUCCCAGUGGUGAGGAGGACUGUAAGGCCUUCCUGAGCACCCGCUGGUUCCCCAAGGAACCCAUCGAGCGGGACCUGGCCAGCUCCCCUCCCCUCAAAGCCAGGGCCCAGCGCUUGCUUUCUUCCCUGGGCCAUGUUGCCGACUGCCAAUGCCCCUGCUGCUCUGAGCCCAGCCUGGGAAGGGUGACUGCUCGUUGGGCCACCACACAGGCCGACCUGGCCCUCCAGCUAAGCCCCACUGAGGUCCGAGCCAGUCGUAACCUCCACCUGGCCGCUCUGGCCCGCUGCAAGAGCAUCACUGUCAAGUUGGCCACCAAACUGACCAAGCUCUUCCCCCUCAAGACCCUCCCACCUAAACCCUGUUUGCUCCAGGAUCUAGUGGCACGGGUGUACCUGCGCAUUGCCAUGUCGGGUCUGGAGCUAAGGAUGGGGAAGGCUGCAGAUACCUGGAAAGUCCUAGAGGCUGGUUUGGCGUUUGUGGCCUCCAAGCCCUCUCCGGAGCUGGGGCCCUUGAGGGCCAGGCUUCUGGGGGCCAAAGCCCAGGUCUCCUGUCUGGCCCUGGCCACCCAGAGAGACUGCCCCCCUGAGGAGCUUUUUUCUGCAGCCUGGGCCUGGAACCCUCCGCCCAAAGGAGCUGUGGAGGUGGACCACAAGCCUAAAACACUACCCCCACCUCCAACCCCACUUAAGAAGUCCAAAGACCCAGUGGUCACAGCUGCUAAAGCUAAAGACACCAAGAAGACCAAAGACCACAUCCCCAAGAUCAAAGUGAGUUUCUCCUCCAAGGGCCAAAUGUCUCUGGUCCCCAAAACACCUGUGGUGGUCAAACAUUCCAGCGCCAAGUCGUCUGUGGGGGAGCUCAAAUCAUUUGAAUUCAACACAGAGGUGCCCACAGUGGCAUGCACCCCCGUCCAGAGGGUCAAGGCUCCCUCCUCUGCUAGGCGAGGAGCAGCCAAGGUCGCCGCUAAUCUGCCCUUCCAGGUCUAUGAGGAGCUGUCACCAUCUCAGGAUAAACCACAGCCUGUACCUGCAGCCCCCAAACGCACCAAGAAAUCUCGCUUUAAGGUGGAGUUCAGUGAUGAGAGUGACACUGAAUCCAACCCCAAAGUGGAGCUCAAAGAGAAACCUGUGGUCUCCAAAAAGCGCAUCACCUCCACCAGGACACUCCGUGCCCCAAAAGAAGUCUCAGCCCCUGACCCCCAUACAGCGAAGGCCCCUCCUAAGAGGGGCAGGAAGAAGGACGCUGCCGCCCCCCUCUCCUGCACCUCCUCUGAGGACGAGCUGGUCGCCUCUGUGUCAUCCUCCUCCCAGUCUGCCCCGGACAGGAGAGGCAGACCCAGAAGACAACAGGCUGGGACAGGGGGACACAGUGAGGCGCCAGAGAGGAUGAGGACCAUUGAAGAGGAGAUGGAUGGACUUAAUAUGGACUCCAGUAUUGAGGAGCUGAGGGCGUCAGACACCGAGACUGAGGAGACUGGUGCAGCCAGCAUGGUGUUGGACGGCCCAGACACAGACUUUGAGGUCCUGAGGAGAGACUUGUGUGGUGAUAGAGAACGAGACUGUCUGUCUGAGCUGAGGCGUGAGGGUCACCCAGGGGGGGCCCUGCAAGCCCAGGCCCAACUCCCUCACUCUAACACUGGGCCUGACGGUCUCUCUGUGGAGGCAGUGCAGUCUUUGCUUCGCUCUGCCUGGUUGGCCCUGCAGCAUUUCCCCCCGCCCACCCUCUACCCCCGCCUCUGUGGCCUGCUGGCCCUGUCGCUGGGGCAAAAGGAUUCUGUCACUACGGCGAUGCUCCACGUCCAAUCCCUGGGUGUGACCUCCCGCCAUCACAUGACACGGCACCUGGCCAAUCGCCUCAAAAAGCUGAAGAAGAGUUCAUCUGAGCUGGCAGACAGACUGGGUUCUCUGAGUCUAGAGGAGCCCUCGAGCCAGACUGGGAACCCUAUAGAACAGAGGCUGUCUCAGCUAGAGAAAAUCUUCUCCUUCCCCACAGCUGAGCCCUCUGUCUUCCCACAGCAACACUGCCAACAGUUCAUCACACAACUACAAGACCUCCCCACCGGGGUGACUGUGUGUGUGCUGUCUGUGCUGGGGGUGCACCCAGGGGAAAUGGGGGACACCGUCCUGCUGUCCCGGCUGGAGAGGGACUCGGAUCCCAUCACCGUCCGCAUCCCCACGGCCCAGCGAGAGCACCCUAUGAGCUGGUUGGUGCAGGAGAUGGACAGUGUUCAGAAGGAGCAGAAGGCUGUGAGCUGUGUGUCGGAGAAGGUCAAGUGGUGGGAGGGGAGGAGGGCCCUGGACACACGCAUGGAGAGGCUGCUGGAGGAGAUGGAGGGGUUGCUGGGCUGCUGGCGGGGGCUCCUCCUACCCCUGACCUCUGACCCUGAGCUGUCUGUCCAGGCCAAGCACCUCCAGAAGACCCUCGCUGCCUGGGGGGCACAGACCUCAGAGGAGAUGUUGAAGGCUGUGCUGUCUGCCUCUCCUCUGCUUUCCCAGUCCCAGCUGCAGUGUUUUGCCCAGGGAGUGUGUGUAGAGCAGGGGAAGCAGUGUGUGGACCUUCUGCAGACCGCUGCGGCUGUACUGGCAGAGAGGCCCGAGCCAGAAGGCCACGUGGUGCUCAUCUUGGACAAGUACCUCCAGAAGUUGCCAUGGGAGAGCAUCUCCUGCCUCAGGCCUUGCUCUGUCACCCGCAUGCCCUCUCUACACUCACUGCUGGGUCAUUGUGCUCUAAAAGAGUCUGACCUGGGUGGUGUCCUGAAUGGAGGUGUGGACCCUAAGCAGGUGUUCUACGUGCUCAACCCUGACGCCAACCUGGGAGACACAGAGGAGCGUUUCAAACAGUCGUUCACCAGUGAACAACAUUGGCAGGGGGUGUGCGGUGUGGCUCCUGACCCAGAUCAACUGCAAGAUGCAGUAACUGCCAAAGACCUCUACAUUUACGUGGGUCAUGGGGCGGGAGCGCGGUUCCUGGAUGGGCAGAGGAUCUUGAAGAAGGAGAUGAGAGCUGCCUCCCUGCUCUUUGGUUGCAGCAGCGCUGCUCUGGCUGUACGAGGGGAGCUGGAGGGGACAGGAAUCAUCCUCAACUACCUCAUGGCUGGCUGCCCAUUGAUUCUGGGGAAUCUGUGGGAUGUGACGGAUCGGGACAUUGACCGCUUCACCAAGGCUCUGCUGGAGUCCUGGCUGUCUGCAGGUCCUGGGGCUCCACUCCUGGACCACAUGGCCCUGUCCCGCCAGGCCACACACCUCAAACACCUCAUAGGGGCAGCACCCGUGGUCUACGGCCUCCCCAUCCAUCUGCGCUAGGAUAAGAGGACAUCUUGCCAAACACACACAAAGCCAUUGAUCCCCAACACAUGAAUUGGAUAUGAUUUUAAACUUGGCUGUAUUAUCUGCUUCACAGGGCUGCUGCCUUAAAUGUCAACUAAUGUUGGUGAUCCUUUAUUUUUUUUAUUUUGGAUAUGGUGAAUCGUUUUAGAUGUAUAUUAAUUAAUGCAUUGUGUACAUGAAUGUAUUAAGUCAUGCUUGUCAAUAAAAUGAAGUAUUUGCCAAACAA